UAAGCAAACAUCACCAAAGAACAGCAAACAUUUAUGGCUUCGCGGUGUUAGGCCACACUUGUAGUUCGUUGUUUUUCCAUCAGAAAAAAACAGUAAAGGAGUGCAAAGAAAAAUAGUAAAACAAUGCAUUAUUAGUAAUAAAUGAACUAUUAAGUAACCAGUGAAAAGUGCAUUACGCUGCAACUAAUCACAAAACAAAAAAAAACCAAAAUGUGUGCACAAAACAUGUAGCAGCUGUGGCUUUCCACUAAACGAGAAGAAAAUCGGUACAAAAGGAAAACAAAAUACACAGCCAAACACGAAUGUAAAUGUGAAGCACAGGGCAAAUUUUAUUGCAGCCAGCGGCCUCGCAGAGACAACAACGUAGCAGCAGGAGCAGCAGCAGCAGAGAGUAGAGAUAAGCAGUGGCAGCUGCCCGCGCUGAUAACAAUUCAUAGUUAAUACUGAUACCGAAUUCGAUCCCAAUUCCGACUCAGCGAACGCUUAGUCUCCUGCGCAGCGGCAGCGGCAGCGGCAGCGGCCAUCUUUUCGCUUAUCAUUGACCGAGCAUGUCGCACGGCAGCGCCGGCGCGCAAACUGGUGGUGGCGGCGUUGGUGGCGGCAGUGUCGGCGGCGGUGCAGCAGCGGCAGCAGCUGGCUCAGAAUAUCGUGAACUCCAUUGGACUGUGUCGAGCGUGAUGGACUCGUCACGUGUAUCCACCUGCCUAAUAUCGAUGCUGCUGAUUGUCUAUGGCAGCUUUCGCAGUCUCAACAUUGAGCAGGAGGCGCGGGAGCGAGAAGCAAAGAAGCGCAAUGAAUCUAUGACGAAUCUGCUAACUGGCGAGCAAGUCGAGAAGGAGCCAAACUCGAAUUUUGAUGUAGCGGAUAAGUUUGCCACGCUGGAUACAAUGCAUGCUCUGUGCCUGCCCCUGGGUGCUUCCAUAUCGCUGCUCAUCAUGUUCUUCUUUUUCGACUCGAUGCAGCUGCUGUUCGCCGUCUGUACAGCCAUUAUUGCCACUGUGGCGCUGGCAUUCCUGCUGCUGCCGAUGUGCCAGUACAUUAUACGCCCCUGCACGGAUGGCAAACGCUUCUCCUUUGGGAUCUGUGGACGUUUUACGGCAGCGGAGCUAUUCAGCUUCACGCUCUCGGUGUCAAUUGUGUGCGUUUGGGUGCUAACUGGUCACUGGCUGUUAAUGGAUGCCAUGGGCAUGGGUCUGUGUGUUGCCUUCAUUGCGUUCGUGCGAUUGCCAAGCUUGAAGGUGUCAACGCUGCUGUUGACUGGUCUGCUGAUAUAUGACGUAUUUUGGGUGUUUCUCUCAUCGUACAUAUUCAGCACAAACGUGAUGGUCAAGGUGGCCACACGACCCGCCGAGAAUCCCGUUGGCAUUGUGGCGCGCAAAUUGAAUUUGGGCGGCAUUGUGCGGGACACGCCGAAAUUAAAUUUGCCGGGCAAACUGGUUUUCCCCAGCAUACACAACACAGGACACUUUUCGAUGCUCGGCCUAGGCGAUGUUGUUAUGCCAGGACUGUUGCUGUGCUUUGUGUUACGAUAUGAUGCCUAUAAAAAGUCACAGGGCUUCACAUCGGAUCCAACGCUAUCGCCGCCAAAGGGCGUCGGAUCGAGGCUGACAUAUUUUCAUUGUUCCUUAUUGGGCUACUUCCUGGGUCUGUUAACAGCAACAGUUAGUUCGGAGGUGUUUAAGGCCGCACAACCUGCCUUACUCUAUUUAGUGCCGUUCACGUUAUUACCACUGCUACUGAUGGCGUAUUUGAAGGGUGAUUUACGAAGGAUGUGGAGUGAACCGUUUAUUGCGCAUCAACCAUCAAAACAAUUGGAAGUCUGAGUGUAUUCUAUCUAAAAACAGAAGUAAAAAGAUCACACACGCAAAAACAAAACGAAACAAAAAGUAGACAGAGAAAAACACAGCAAUACAAAUACUAUGAAUUCUCUCUUAAUAACAUACGUAUUCUUUACUUAUACGUAUCAAGUUUUUUUAAGUUAGGUAAUUCUAAUUUAGUGAAGUAACAGCAAAACCGAAUAAUAAGUGUACGUAGUUUUAAAAUAAGUGGAAAGAUUUUUUGAACACCACAAAAAUGUACAUGUAUGAUUUUAUGUAAAAUGGUCUAUUGUUACACAAAGCGAAACAUUAAAACCGUUUGUGCUGAGCGUAUUAUUGAAAUUCAUGCAAAUGAAAGAUUUCCGAUGCACUUCUAUCUCAUACAGAUUUAAGCAGCAUUCUUAUUUACAUACUAACCUGCAUAUACUAUAGUAUUAAUGUUUUUUUUGUUUGAUUACCAACUU